GACGCCUGCCGCCGCCAGGUCCAGGGAGGGAGGGAGUUGGUGUCGUGGCUGGGAGUGGAGGCGGGGCAGUGCAGCAGCAGUAGCAGCAGCAGGAGGUGCCCAAUGGUCUCCUCGACAGUCCUGCAGCAGCAGCAGCAGCAGGAGGAGGUGCCCAAUGGUCUCCUCGACAGUCCUGCAGCAGCAGCAGCAACAGGAGGUGCCCAAUGGUCUCCUCGACGGUCCUGCAGCAGCAGCAGCAGCAACAGGAGGUGCCCAAUGGUCUCCUCGACAGUCCUGCAGCAGCAGCAGCAGCAGGAGGUGCCCAAUGGUCUCCUCGACGGUCCUGCAGCAGCAGCAGCAGCAGGUGCCCAAUGGUCUCCUCGACGGUCCUGCAGCAGCAGCAGCAGCAGGAGGUGCCCAAUGGUCUCCUCGACGGUCCUGCAGCAGCAGCAGCAGCAGGAGGUGUCCAAUGGUCUCCUCGACGGUCCUGCAGCAGCAGCAGCAGCAGGAGGUGCCCAAUGGUCUCCUCGACAGUCCUGCAGCAGCAGCAGCAGGAGGUGCCCAAUGGUCUCCUCGACGGUCCUGCAGCAGUAGCAGCAGCAGGAGGUGCCCAAUGGUCUCCUCGACAGUCCUGCAGCAGCAGCAGCAGGAGGUGCUCAAUGGUCUCCUCGACGGUCCUGCAGCAGCAGCAGCAGGAGGUGCCCAAUGGUCUCUUCGACGGUCCUACAGAAGCAGCAGCAGCAGGAGGUGCUCAAUGGUCUCCUCGACGGUCAUGCAGCUGCAGGAGGGCUCAAUGGUCUCCUCAACAGUCCUGCAGCAGCAGGAAGUGCCCAAUGGUCUCCUCGACAGUCCUGCAGCAGCAGCAGCAGGAGGAGGUGCCCAAUUGUCUCCUCGACGGUCCUGCAGCAGCAGCACCAGCAGGAAGUGCCCAAUGGUCUCCUCGACGGUCCUGCAGCAGCAGCACCAGCAGCAGGAAGUGGCCAAUGGUCUCCUCGACGGUCCUGCAGCAGCAGCAGCAGCAGCAGGAGGUGCCCAAUGGUCUCCUUGACGGUCCUGCAGAAGCAGCAGCAGCAGGAGGUGCUCAAUGGUCUCCUCGACGGUCCUGCAGCAGCAGGAAGUGCCCAAUGGUCUCCUCGACGGUCCUGCAGCAGCAUGGGGUGCUCAAUGGUCUCCUCGACGGUCCUGUAGCAGCAGGAGGUGCUUAAUGGUCUCCUCGAC